CAACUGGUCCCAUUUCUCAUUUCAAUUCAUACCGAAUCCUCGUGGUUUUAGAACAAAGACGACUUCUCUUGGUGCUUCAGUUGCCACCACGUGACCUGCCCAUAUAGGUAAUCGCAUCGCAUCUUCAAUUCUCACUCAUCAGCAGCAACUACCACCCAAACCCGCAGCCAUGUCUGAACGAAAGGUCUUAACGAAGUACUAUCCCCCGGACUUCGAUCCGUCGGCGAUAACCCGCACGCCGAAACACCUCCGGUCGCAAGGUCCGAAAGUAAUCACCGUCCGUCUGAUGGCCCCGUUUUCGAUGAAAUGUACACAGUGCGGUGAAUUUAUCUACCGCGGUCGCAAGUUCAACGCGCGCAAGGAAACAACGGAGGAAAAGUACUUCUCGAUCCCGAUCUACAGAUUCUAUAUCCGGUGCACGCGAUGCAGUGGAGAGAUCACGUUCCUGACAGAUCCAAAGAAUAUGGACUAUCGGGCGGAGAAGGGGGCGAAGAGGAACUUUGAGCCGUGGCGCGACUCCAAGGCGGAUAAUCAGGAUGAGACCGAGCAGGAGGUUUUGGACCGCUUGGAGAAGGAGGAAGGGGAGGAGCAGGAGCAGCUGGAGCGGGAUAAGAUGGCGGAGCUGGAGGAGAAGAUGUUAGAUUCGAAGCGAGAAAUGGCGAUUGCCGAUGCCUUGGAUGAGAUUCGGACGAGGAAUGCGAGGAUUGAGCGCAAUGAGGCGACGGGGGAUGAGGUGGCUUUUGCUAAUGUGCAGAAUCAGGUGGAUGAGGCGGCGUUGAAGGCUCAGCAGGAAGACGAGGAAGCGGCGCGAAAGGCUUUCAUGACUGAGACCGGGGAAAAGGUGAAGCGGUUGGUGGAGGAUGAAUCGACACCAGAGCAGGCUCCGGUCCCAGCGCCGCCACCUUCAUUCGCACGAGUUAAGAAACCGAAGAAGCAACCACCAAACAGCCUGGGCAUUAAGAAGAAGGCGAAGCCGUCGUUAGUAUAAGAUAUCCAUUGCUCUAUUUAUUCAAGCUACAGGCGUUCAAAGGGCAUAUACGAUGGGAAGAUAGUUUAUGAUUAACAGCAUUUUCUAAAAUAAACCGGGUAUUAUGACUACUCAAUCAUAGCAUACAUACUCAAAGUGCAAUAAACAUAAAUAAAACAUAUAAGAAGUAAAAGGAAAAGAAAAAACAGUUUCGUUGCACCGUAACAAUUUCCCAAAGCGCCACGCUAGAACUGGAGUAGACCUUUAUAAGAAAACCUUCCCUAACUAAACAAGCUGCAGUAUUUGCAAGCCGACCUGAACAACAAAACGCCAAACUAAACAAUGGAGAAGAGGUACAACGAGCUUAGAGAUAUGGCAUCCACAGAGCAUCGCCGUUGGCCAGGUGCUGCGGGUUCACAGCCUUGGAGAUGAGAUCAAUGGUGGUUUGGUUCGCGGGCAGGUU